AUCACAGAACUACCACUAGCAGUCCUGCUUUACUUCCUUAACUUUGGAAAGAUACACGCAGAUUUAACCUGUCGAGAGUAAACAAACCAUGGCACAGAACGAUGCAGUGACAACCCAGGAUAAAGACAGAGGCGUUGUGAUUAAAGACUCAUGGCUGGGCUACAGUUUGGAUCUGUUUACAUACCCAGCACAUUAUUAUGAAGCCUUGAAAUCAGUAUACAUACCUCAUGGAGUCAUCAUGGAUAGGACUGAACGGCUGGCCAGGAACAUCAUGGAUGGCAUUGGGGAUCACCAUAUCGUGGUCCUGUGUGUGCUGAAGGGAGGGUACACGUUCUGCGUGGACCUCGUGGAGUACAUUAAAGUCCUCAGCCGGAACUCCAACAGAUCCAUUCCCAUGAGAGUGGAUUUCAUCAGACUAAAGAGCUAUUGUAAUGAUUGUUCAACAGAGGAUAUGCAGAUAAUAGGAGGUGGGGAUCUUUCCAUUCUGACAGGCAAGAAUGUGUUGAUUGUCGAGGCUAUCGUUGACACUGGCAAGACAAUGAAAGCCCUUCUAAAUCAUGUUGAGAAAUUCAAACCAAAAAUGGUGAAGGUUGCAUGCUUGCUGGUGAAGAGAGUAACUAGUGGUGGAGGAUACAAACCAGAUUAUGUUGGAUUUGAGAUUCCAAACCGCUAUGUAGUGGGAUACGCUCUGGACUACAAUGAGUAUUUCAGAGAUCUCAAUCACAUAUGUCUUAUCAACGAGAAUGCAAAAGUAAAGUACCAGGUUUGAAGAACACGUCUGUCAGCUUUUGAAGAUCCUCACAGAUACAGACACUUUCUACGAAGGCUGACAGCAGUGACAGAGAAGUCAAUCAGCUUGUAACUGUGACAUUGGUUCUAAGUCACAGCACCACAUACCAUGUUGUAGUUUUAAAGAUCUCCAAACAGAUCUAUCUUUCUGAUGGUCAGUUCUAGCAUUGAAACGACAAGCCUGUCCAUUUGGAUAACAAAUUAGGAGCAAAUGCUCAUUGCGAGUGAGCUAUACAGUACUACAUUGCUCUGUUCAAAGUAGAUUCUUAGUUUCUAUCAUCUAAUUUUAAUAUCCAAUGGCGAUGUAAGGCAAAAACGUUUAAGUGUAAUAACAUUGUACUAAUAAAAUGUGUGUUUUCUAACACUGCUUAAGAAUGUUAUAUUUAAAGUAAGAAAAGUUUUGCAAGUUAAAUAUUUCCGGAAAUACUUGUACCACUGAAUUGCCUCCAUGAAGAAUUAAUACUGUUUGAGUAUCUUUUUAAUUUACCUGUCCUACACGUUCAUUCACUGUCUAGGUCUCAAAUGUGCAGUUUUGAAAGAAAAAAAGCAUCUUCUAGCAAACAUGUAUUUUCAUAUUUAAUUUUUUCUGGUACUACACUUGUUUAAAGUGAUUGUAGCUAACUAAAUUCUAUGACUCUUACCUUCUGUGGACUUCCAUUUGUCAUAUAGGCCUCAAGUACAGUUUUGAAUACAACACAAGUUAUACUAAUAUAGUUUUACUUCAAAAUGUGAUAUCUGGUACUACACUUUGUUAAAGAAAUCUCUGUUUGCAAGCAACGAUUUCAGUUAGUGUUGCACUUGCUUGGUCAUUUCACCUGGAGGGUGAAUUUGCCCCCACUUCUUUUAAUAGCUUAUUUCCUUUGAUUACCCAACCAGGUGCUUUCCCUAUUGGCUGACAUGCUUUCAGACAGUAACAUGCUUUGUCCCAGAAUACACUUCUAAAGUAAAAGGACCCAAGAAGUGCAAGUAUAACAAGUAUCUUGUGAAUAAGGCAUAGAAAAGUGAAAACUUCCUGUAAGCUAGUGUGCUACCAGAUAUUGAGUUUUCAAAUGGAACUACGUUGGCUGUAACAUGUGUUUCUUUCACAGCUGCACAUUUUGAGACUUGUUUUGCUAAUGGAAGUGCAAAACAGGUACGACGAAUGGAAGGAUUUAGUCGGCUACAGUUUCUUUACUUCCUUAGUCAUUUCGCCCUAUCGCUGUCGGUGGGGUCAAAGAAUCUUACUGACUGCAAAGCGUAUCAGUGAUUACAGACAGCAGCUGGUUGGUUAUUGAUAGGAAAGAUGGUGAUGGGGGAGGGGACAAUUCCAGUGUCCAAACAAAAGUGCAACAUGUCUACAAGAUACGUACUACCAGAUAUCAUCAUUUAAAUAACUGUUUCUUUAAAAGCUUCAAUCACUUUUAAUAGACUGACAUAGGUUGCUGUUGUUUUUUUAAAUAGCAAGUCUUUUAAAAGCUUUGAGCAUGAACACAGAAGAAGGAAGUCACAUCUGAUCCUGAUUGUGAGGAAUGCUAAGUACGACGAUGCCCAGAAAUGCUAACAUCCCCGUCCAAAUCUAUGCAUAUUUUAGACAUCUGUCACAUAGUUUUAAUGGCCCUGUGCGAGACCUGCUUUGAAGGCCACUGCACUGCCAUAACGGACACACCCUUCACAUAGUGUGCUAUAUCCAGGUUAGCUAAGCUAGGAUAAUCCUCAUUUCUGAAAACCCCUCGUAGGAAUUCCAAGUGCUAUAAAAGGAAACGCAUUGUUAUAGCAUAACUCGCAUGCAGUUCUACUUGACCCAGUGAGCUAUUACAGUUGUAUGUCAGAAUUAAU